CUUGGAUGGGCGGACAGAUCCCUUUCGGCGGCAGCUCAGUCCGGAGGCCGGGCCGUCCUUGCCUAAUGUUGGAGGGGUUCUCUGACCGCCCAGGACCGCACCGAAAGCUAAAUAACUGCUCGCCUCUCAGAGAGAGGAGGGAAAGCGCAGAUCCCGGUUCCAACCUCGACCCCUCUCCAUCCAUCUGAGGAGUGGAGGUCCUAGCCAAAGGGGCCAGUCUCUCUAAAUAUGCCCCAGGAUGACCGAGAGGCCACCGAGCGAGGCGGCAUGCAGUGACCCACAGCUGGAGGGACAGGACGCGGCCGAGGCCCGCAUGGCCCCCCCGCACCUGGUCCUGCUCAACGGCGUCGCCAAGGAGACGAGCCGCGCGGUCCCCGCGGAGCCUGCGGUCAUCGAGCUGGGCGCGUGCGGCCCGGGGGCUGGUCCCGCCGGCGGGGGCGGCGCCGCCAGGGACUUAAAGAGCCGCGACGCGGCAGCGACCGAAGCGCGCCAUCGGGUGCCCACCACCGAGCUGUGCAGACCUCCAGGACCCGCUCCGGCGCCCGCCCCAGCCCCGGCAGAGCUGCCCGGCGACGGCCGCAUGGUGCAGCUGAGCCCGCCCGCGCUGGCGGUCCCGGCCGGCCCCGGACGCGCGCUGCUCUACAGCCUCAGCCAGCCGCUGGCCUCGCUCGGCAGUGGAUUUUUUGGGGAGCCUGAUGCCUUCCCAAUGUUCACCAACAACAACCGGGUGAAGAGGAGGCCUUCCCCUUACGAGAUGGAGAUUACUGAUGGUCCUCACACCAAAGUUGUGCGGCGUAUCUUCACCAACACCCGGGAAAGAUGGCGGCAGCAGAACGUGAAUGGAGCAUUUGCUGAGCUCCGCAAGCUGAUCCCCACUCACCCUCCAGACAAGAAGCUCAGCAAGAAUGAGAUACUCCGCCUAGCCAUGAAGUACAUCAAUUUCCUCGCCAAGUUGCUCAAUGACCAGGAGGAAGAAGGCACCCAGCGGGCCAAGCCUGGCAAAGACCCUGUGGUGGGAGCUGGUGGGGGUGGGACAGGGGGUGGCAUGCCCCCUGAAGACCUUCUGCAGGACGUGCUUUCCCCUAACUCCAGCUGUGGCAGCUCUCUGGAUGGGGCAGCCAGCCCGGACAGUUACACGGAGGAGCCAGCACCCAAGCACACGGCCCGUAGCCUCCACCCUGCCCUGCUGCCUGCCACUGAUGGGGCUGGUCCCCGGUGAUGCGUCUGCAGCUGCCCAGGACCAGCAGCAGGUAGAGGCCCUGAGGCCCCUGGGCUGCUGGGCUGCAGGGCAGGUGGGAUGAGAAGCUGGGCAAUGAACUUGAUGAACUUCCCUUAUAGUCUGAACUUUGGGAAGUCCUAACUGAUCCUGGGCUGUCUUUUUUGCUUCCUGUCUGGAAAUAGAUCAGGAAAAUGGCGUGAAGUGGUAGGUACUUUUUCUGAAGAUGGCACGGUCUCCUCCCUUCCCUGAACCCCCAAGACUUCCCAAUUAAGAGGCUCAAGUGUCAGUGUUAUUGGCCUAGAAUUUGUGAGCCUUGUUUGGACAAGACCUGGGGCUGUCAGCAGUCACCUAAGGUAGCCAGCAGCCUCUGCCUUGCCUUUAAACCCUUCCUGAGCUGGCUGGGGUGGCUUUUGUGGCAGCUUCUAUUCAAUUAUAUAGGUACCCAAGAGCUGCCCAUUUCUUGAGCCCCAUCUUUACCCAG